ACCCCGCGGAGCCGCUGCGCGAGGCCGGAGCCGUGGUGGCGGCGGCACGCUGGGACCUGAGGAAGCACUCUUUGCUCAUCGUGAUCGGCGAUAUCGCUACAGAGAGUCAGCUGAGGGCCGUUCGGGCCCACCUUGAACAAGGCAUUCUCUCCUGGAACAUUGAUUUAUCAUCCAUUGACUUGAACCAACAAUUGAGACUCUUCAUUACCCGGCAUCUAGCUCACUUCUCUUCAGAGGUCAAAGGCCAGAGGACCCUCUGCCACCAGAGUGAGAUCCUAGAGACCAUCAUCCUCGUAAACCCCAGUGCCGACAGCAUCAGCUCUGAGGUUCACCACCUCCUUAGCAGCCCAUCAGCUCACAAACUACUGAUCUUGAGUGGGCAGAGUUUAGAGCCUGGGGGAGACCUCAUCCUACAGAGUGGCACUUACUCCUAUCAAAACUUUGCCCAGGUCCUUCACAACCCAGAGAUUGCCCAGCUGCUCAGCAACAGAGACCCUGGGAUCCAGGCUUUCCUCACCGUGUCCUGCUUAGGGGAGGGUGACUGGAGCCACCUGGGACUAGCUAGUUCCCAAGAGACCCUGCACCUCCGGCUAAACCCUGAGCCCACACUGCCCACCAUGGAUGGCGUGGCUGAAUUCUCUGAGUACGUCUCUGAGACCGUGGACGUGCCGUCCCCCUUCGACCUACUGGAGCCCCCCACCUCAGGGGGCUUCCUCAAGCUCUCCAAGCCUUGCUGUUACAUCUUCCCCGGCGGUCGCGGGGACUCAGCCCUCUUUGCCGUUAAUGGUUUCAACAUCCUGGUGGAUGGUGGCUCUGACCGCAAGUCCUGCUUCUGGAAGCUGGUGCGGCACCUGGACCGCAUCGACUCGGUGCUGCUCACCCACAUCGGGGCCGACAACCUGCCAGGCAUCAACGGGCUUCUGCAGCGCAAAGUAGCAGAACUGGAGGAGGAGCAGUCCCAGGGCUCCAGCAGCUACAGCGACUGGGUGAAGAACCUCAUCUCCCCCGAGCUGGGGGUUGUCUUCUUCAACGUGCCCGAUAAGCUGAGGCUGCCGGAUGCCUCGCGGAAGGCCAAGCGCAGCAUUGAGGAGGCCUGCCUCACUCUGCAGCACUUAAACCGCCUGGGCAUCCAGGCCGAGCCCCUGUAUCGCGUGGUCAGCAACACCAUAGAGCCUCUCACCCUCUUCCACAAGAUGGGUGUGGGCCGCCUGGACAUGUACGUCCUCAACCCUGUCAAGGACAGCAAGGAGAUGCAGUUCCUCAUGCAAAAGUGGGCGGGCAACAGUAAAGCCAAGACAGGCAUUGUGCUGGCUAAUGGGAAGGAGGCUGAGAUCUCGGUGCCCUACCUGACCUCUAUCACCGCUCUGGUGGUCUGGUUGCCAGCCAACCCCACUGAGAAGAUCGUGCGCGUCCUUUUCCCAGGGAAUGCCCCCCAGAACAAAAUCUUGGAGGGCCUGGAAAAGCUUCGACACCUGGACUUCCUGCGCUACCCCGUUGCCACACAGAAGGACCUGGCCACUGGGGCUGUGCCUGCCAACCUCAAACCCAGCAAAAUCAAACAGCGGGCUGACAGCAAAGAGAGCCUCAAGGCCACGACCAAGACACCCGUGGGAAAACUAGCCAAACGGGAGGAGGUGGCCGAAGAGGGAGCCAAGGAGGCUCGCUCAGAACUGGCCAAAGAGUUAGCCAAGACUGAAAAGAAGGCAAAAGAGUCCUCUGAGAAGCCCCCAGAGAAGCCCGCCAAGCCUGAGAGGGUGAAGACAGAGACAAGCGAGGCACUGAAGGCAGAGAAGCGAAAGCUGAUCAAAGACAAAGUGGGGAAGAAGCACCUGAAAGAAAAGAUAUCAAAGCUGGAAGAGAAAAAAGACAAAGAGAAAAAAGAGAUCAAAAAGGAGAGGAAGGAGCUCAAGAAGGAUGAAGGAAGGAAGGAGGAAAAGAAGGAUGCCAAGAAGGAGGAGAAGAAGAAAGACACCAAACCUGAGGUCAAAAAGAUUUCCAAGCCAGACCUGAAGCCCUUUACCCCUGAGGUGCGGAAGACCCUCUACAAAGCCAAGGCCCCCGGCAGAGUCAAGACGGACAAGAGCCGGGCUACCCGUGGGGACAAGGAGCUGUCCUCUGAGCCCCGGACACCCCCGGCCCAGAAGGGGGCCGCACCCCUCCCAGCAAGGGAGCUGGCCUUGUCUUCACCAGAGGACCUCACACAGGACUUUGAGGAGUUGAAACGUGAGGAGAGGGAGUUGCUGACCGAACAAAGGGACGCAAGACUAGACGAGAAACCGCUCCCCCUGGACACUGCCGAGGAGGGACUCCCGAGCACAGCGGCCCAGGUGGCACCACCCUCUGUCCCUGGGCAGGAAGCAGAAGUGCCUGUGGUGAAGGAGAAAGAGGUCGUCCCAGACGUCCCUGAGGAACGAGGCGGCAAGGACAGAGGCCCGGACUCUGGGGCAGAAACAGAGGAAGAGAAAGAUACCUGGGAGGAAAAGAAGCCAAAGGAAGCCGAGGGGGUCCCUGACGGAACAGAAGCCCGAGAGGAAAGUGAACCUGAGGUAAAGGAAGAUGUGAUAGAGAAGGCCGAGUUAGAGGAGAUGGAGGAGCUGCCCCCUUCCGAUGAGGAGGAAGAGGAGGAGACAAAGGCGGAGGGUUUUUACCAAAAGCACAUGCAAGAAGCCUUGAAGGUGACGCCCAGGGGCAAGGAGGCUCUCGGCGGCCGGGAACCGGGACUCCAAGGCAAGGCCCCGGAGAAGGAGACCUCGUCAUUCCUGAGCAGCCUGGCCACCCCGGCAGGAGCCACCGAGCACGUGUCUUACAUCCAGGACGAGACGAUCCCUGGCUACUCCGAGACGGAGCAGACCAUCUCGGAUGAAGAGAUCCACGACGAGCCCGAGGAGCGCGCGGCCCCACCUAGGUUUCCGACAGGAACCUAUGACCUCCCUGGGCCUGAAGGUCCCGGCCCCUUUGAGGCCAGCCAGCCUGCUGACAGCGCUGUUCCCGCCACCGCCAGCAAGGCCUACGGAGCACCCGAGACGGAACUCACCUACCCCCCCAACAUGGUGGCCGCCCCUCUGGCGGAAGAGGAGCACGUGUCCUCGGCCACCUCGAUCACCGAGUGUGACAAGCUCUCUUCCUUUGCCACGUCCGUGGCCGAGGACCAGUCCGUGGCUUCACUCACGGCCCCACAGACAGAGGAGACGGGCAAGAGCUCCCUGCUGCUGGACACGGUCACGAGCAUCCCCUCGUCCCGCACUGAAGCCACUCAAGGCCUGGACUACGUGCCGUCGGCCGGCACCAUCUCACCCACCUCCUCGCUGGAAGAAGACAAGGGCUUCAAGUCUCCACCCUAUGACGACUUCUCUGUGACCGGGGAGUCAGAGAAGAGAGGAGAGAUGGUAGGGAGAGGCCUGUCUGGAGAGAGGGCCGUGGAGGAGGAAGAGGAGGAGACCGCCAACGUACAGAUGUCGGAGAAACUGCAUGGUCAGUAUGGACCCCCGAUGUUUGCUGCCCCUGGGCACGCCCUCCACCCAGGGGAACCAGCCCUUGGAGAGGCGGAGGAGCGCUGCCUCAGCCCGGAUGACAGCACAGUGAAGAUGGCCUCUCCGCCACCGUCUGGCCCACCCAGUGCCACCCACACGCCCUUUCAUCAGUCCCCAGUGGAGGAAAAGUCUGAGCCCCAAGACUUUCAGGAAGCAGACUCCUGGGGAGAUACUAAGAGCAUCCCAGGUGUGGGCAAGGAAGUUGCUGCAGAGGAGACCGCCAAGCCAGGGCCUGACGAGGGCGCACUGGAGGAGGAAGGGAAGGCGCCUCCUCCCACGAGCCCCCAGGCCCAGGAGGUACCCAUCAGCCUAGCUGGGGGACAGGCCGGCUGCACCAUCCAGCUGCUGCCAGAACAGGACAAAGCCAUCGUCCUCGAGACUGUGGAGGCAGGAGAGCCUGCAGGCCCAGUUCCAGAAACAGAAGCCCUACCCGGAGACUUCAGAACCUCACUCCAAGAACUUGGGGAACCUCAGAAAGAGGAGGUGCUCCAAAUUCCUGACCGAGGCCUCUCCCCUGAAGAGGCAGAGUCCCUCUCUGUCCUCAGCAUGGUCUCCCCAGACGCUGCCAAAAAGCAAGAUGCCACCCCGAGGUCUCCUGGUGGCCUGAUGGAGCAGCGCCUCCACACAGACCUAUGGCCGCAGGGAUCUCCAGAAGACACCCGGUCACUCUCUCUCUCAGAGGAGAGUCCCAGCAAAGAGACCUCGCUUGACAUCUCUUCCAAGCAGCUGUCUCCAGAAAGCCUUGGCACCCUCCAGUUUGGGGAACUAAGCCUUGGAAAGGAAGAAAAAGGGUCUCUGAUGCAGGCUGAGGACACCGCUUGCCACCUAGCCCCUGUGUCUAUUCCAGAAGCCCGGGCAGCCACAGUGUCACCUCCCACAGAUGGGACCAGUGGAUAUUCCGCACGGGCAGACAUCACAGAUGAGAGCCCUGAUGGAAAAUUACCCCCCAGUUCCUUCUCUCCCACUGUGCUGCUAGGAGAUGGAAGGCGCUCACCCGGAGUGAUCACAAGCCUGGGUGAACACAUUCUCACACCUGAUAGCUCCCUCACCAAGAGCCCUGAGUCCUUGCCAAGCCCUGCCAUGGAGGAUAUCGUCAUGGAGUGGGAAGGCAAAGUCCCACAGUUGAAAGACAGACCCCCAGAGCAGAAGGAGAAGGGACCCGAGCCCGUGGAUGCAGUCCUUCUGCAGCAGGACAAAACCCUGGAGCAGAGGGACACAGCCGUCUGUCGGAAGGAUGAGGUUCUGGAAGAGAAGGACAAGGCUGGGGCACCGCAGGGUCAGGCUGUGGAACAAACAGGCAGAGACUCAGAACACAGGGAAACAGCCCCGGAACAGAAGGACCGAGUCCUGGAAGGAAAAGACAAAGACUUAGAACCUAAAGACAGAGACUCAGAACACAGGGAAACAGCCCCGGAACAGAAGGACCAGGCCCUGGAAGAAAAAGACAAAGACUUAGAACCUAAAGACAGAGACUCAGAACACAGGGAAACAGCCCCGGAACAGAAGGACCGAGUCCCGGAAGGAAAAGACAAAGACUUAGAACCUAAAGACAGAGACUUAGAACACAGGGAAACAGCCCCGGAACAGAAGGACCAGGCCCUGGAAGGAAAAGACAAAGAUUUAGAGCUUGAAGACAGAGGCUUAGAACACAGGGACACAGCCCUGGGACAGAAGGACCAGGCCCUGGAAGGAAAAGACAAAGACUUAGAACCUAAAGACAGAGACUUAGAAGCAAAAGACAAGGCCCUAGAACAGGAGGACAAGGUCCCAGAAGAGAAAGAUAAAAUCUUAGAGCAAAAAAUCGGAGACUUGGAACAUAAAGACACAGUUCCAGAAGACACAGUUCCAGAAGACACAGUCCCUGCACUGAAGGGCAAGGCCUUAGAACAGAAAGAUGAAGCCCCUGAACAGGACAAGGCCCCAGAAGAGAAGGACCAGGACUUAGCACAAAAAUACUGGGCCCUCGAACAGAAGGCUGAAGCUCUGGAACAAACCAUUAAGGCCGCUGAACAAAAAGAUAAGUUUCUGGAAGAGAAGGACAAAACUCAGGAGCAGGAGAGCCCUGUGCAGGAGGAUAAAACCAUGGCACCAAAGGAGAAGAUCCUAGAGGAAAAAUCUCCAGAAAAAGUCAAGGCUGUGGAACAGAAAGAAGACGCUGUGCUGGAGAAGAGCAAAGCUCUGGGGCUGGAAGAGAGCCCAGUGCAGGAGGACAAGGCCCGGGAGCAGGAGGAGAAGUACCGGAAGGAGCAGGAUGUGGUCCAGGAGUGGCGAGAAACAUCUCCAAGCAGCACCAAACCAGCUGCAGAACAGAAGGAGCCUGCGCGGACAUGGGAGGACACAUCUCCUGAGCAGGAGGACACAUACUGGAGGGGCAGGGAGGAUGUGGUCCUGGGGCAGGACACAUACUGGCAGGAGCUGAGCUGUGAGCGGAAGGUCUGGUUCCCUCAUGAGCUGGGGGGCCCGGGGGCCCGGCCACGGUACACAGAAGAGCGGGAGAGCACCUUCCUCGACGAGGGGCCGGAUGAUGAGCAGGAAGUGCCCCCCUUGGAGCACACACCCCAGAGUCCCUGGGCCUCGGACUUCAAGGGCUUUCAGGAGCCUGCACCACAGAAGGGACUGGAGGUGGAGCGCUGGCUUGCAGAGUCACCAGUUGGGCUGCCACCGGAGGAAGAGGACAAGCUGACCCGCUCCCCCUUUGAGAUCAUCUCUCCUCCGGCCUCCCCGCCGGAGAUGGCUGGACAGAGGGUUCUGCCGGCCCCGGGGCAAGAGAGCCCCAUCCCAGAUCCUAAGCUCCUGCCACCCGUGAGGGAUGAACCCACCACCCGCUCCUGGCUGGCUGACAUCCCACCAUGGGUGCCCAAGGACAGAGCCCUGCCCCCUGCACCCCUCUCCCCAGCUCCCGCUCCCCCAACGCCUGCCCCAGAGCCACACACUCCUGCGCCCUUCUCCUGGGGCACAGCCGAGGAGGAGGGUGUGGUGGCUGCAGUGCAGGAGGGGGCAGCUGAGCUGGAAGGCGGGCCGUACUCCCCGCUAGGGAAGGACUACCGCAAGGCCGAAGGGGAAAGGGAAGAAGAAGCGGGGGUUCCUGACCACAGCCCCCGGAGCUCACAGGUCCCCAAGGCCAGCGAGAGCCAUGCCUCUGAGGAGCCAGAGCAGACCGAGCCAGAGCAGAGAGAGCCCACUCCCUAUCCGGACGAGCGGAGCUUCCAGUACGCAGACAUCUACGAGCAGAUGAUGCUCACGGGGCUGGGCCCCGCCUGCCCCACUAGACAGCCUCCUCUUGGAGCCGCUGGGGACUGGCCCCCCCACAUCUCAACCAAGGAGGAAGCUGCUGGCCGAGACACGCCUGCAGAGAAGGAGCUUUCAUCUCCUGUCUCACCCCAUCGCCUCCAAUUCGACACUCCAGCCUUCAGCUAUGCAGCUCUGGCGGGACCCACUGUGCCCCCCAGGCAGGAGCCUGAGCCGGAGCCAGGCAUGGACCCCAGCCUCACCCCACCUGCGGUACCCCCCCGUGCUCCUAUCCCCCAGAGCCAAGGCCCAAGCCCGCCGCUGAAUGGUCACAUCCUGAGCUGCAGCCCAGAUCGGAGAACCCCCUCCCCCAAGGAACCAGGCCGUGGUCCCUGGGAUGACAGCCUGAGUGAUUCGGAGCUGGAGAAGGGGGCUCGGGAGCAACCCGAAAAAGAGGCCCAGUCCCCAAGUCCCCCGUACCCCACGCCUGCUGGCCCCUCCGCCUUGUGGCCCGAAAGCGAGGCACAUACCAGCCCUUCCUCAGACUCACACCUGGGUCCUGCGCGACCCAGCCUGGACUUCCCUGCGUCAGCCUUUGGCUUCUCCUCACUGCAGCCGGCGCCUCCACAGCUGCCCUCCCCAGCGGAACCCCGCUCAGCACCCUGUGGGUCGCUUGCCUUCUCUGGGGACCGGGCUUUGGCUCUGGCUCCAGGACCUCCCGCCAGAGCCCGGCAUGAUGAGUACCUCGAAGUGACCAAGGCCCCCAGUCUGGACUCUUCACUGCCCCAGCUCCCGUCACCCGGAUCUCCCGGCGCCCCUCUCCUCUCCAGUCUGCCGAGGCCUGCCUCUCCCGCCCUAUCUGAAGGCUCCUCCUCAGAGGCCACCACACCUGUGAUUUCAAGCGUGGCUGAGCGCUUCCCUCCUGGUCUGGGAGCUGCAGAACCAGGGUCCGGAGAGCUGGUCCCAGGAAUGGAAGCUGCUGCCCACAGCCUCUGGGACCUCGCUCCUCUAAGCCCAGCACCUCCAGCGUCCCUGGACUUGGCCCCAGCUCCGGCUCCGAGCCUGCCCAGGGACAUGGAUGACGGCACCCUGCCCUGUCGCCUGGAGUGCUCGGGGGCGGCCGCCAAGAAGCCAAGCCCCUCCCAGGGUCCCUCCGGGGAUGGUGCCACCAAUGGUCCAACUGAAACCAGCCCCAAGCCCCUGGGCCCUGCCCCAGCCGAGGCUGAGGCCUGCCCUGCCUGGGAGCGUGGCGCCUGGCCUGAGGGAGCCGAGAGGAGCCCCCGGCCUGACACGCUGCUGUCCCCUGAGCAGCCGCCAUGUUCUGCAGCAGCCCCUGGAGACCAGCCUAGAAGCAGCUCCCCGGAGACGGAGGCUGGGCCCCAGGGCUGUGCUGCUGAACCCCGGGCCCACCGCGGGGAGCUCUCCCCCUCCUUCCUGAACCCUCCUCUGCCUCGGUCCACAGAUGACAGCGACCCCUCAACUGAGGAGGCGCGGCUGGUAGGGAGAGGGGGGCGGCGCCGGGCGGGAGCCCCAGGGGCUACAGGGGGCCCAUGCCCCAUGGCAGAUGAGACACCCCCAACGUCAGCCAGCGACUCAGGCUCCUCACAGUCAGAUUCUGACGUUCCGCCAGAAACUGAGGAGUGUCCAUCCAUCACGGCUGAGGCAGCCCUCGACUCAGAUGAAGAUGGGGACUUCCUGCCUGUGGACAAAGCUGGUGGGGUCAGUGGGACUCACCAUCCCAGGCCCGGCCAUGACCCACCCCCACUCCCCCAGCCAGACCCUCGGCCAGCCCCUCCCCGCCCUGACGUGUGCAUGGCUGACCCCGAGGGGCUCAGCUCAGAGUCUGGAAGGGUAGAGAGGCUACGGGAGAAGGAGAAGGCACAGGGGAGAGUUGGUCGCAGGGCCCCAGGCAGGGCCAAGCCAGCGUCUCCUGCCCGCCGUCUGGAUCUUCGGGGAAAACGCUCACCCACCCCUGGUAAAGGGACUACAGAUCGAGCCUCCCGGGUGCCCCCCCGGCCACGCAGCACUCCAAGCCAGGUCACCCCAGCAGAGGAAAAGGAUGGACACAGCCCCAUGUCCAAAGGCUUAGUCAACGGACUCAAGGCCGGACCAACGGCCUUGGGUUCCAAGGGUGGCUCUGGUGCCCCUGUCUAUGUGGAUCUUGCCUACAUCCCAAAUCACUGCAGCGGCAAGACUGCCGACCUUGACUUCUUCCGACGAGUGCGUGCAUCCUACUAUGUGGUCAGUGGGAACGACCCUGCCAACGGCGAGCCGAGCAGGGCUGUGCUGGAUGCCCUGCUGGAGGGCAAGGCCCAGUGGGGGGAGAAUCUUCAGGUGACUCUGAUCCCUACUCAUGACACGGAGGUGACCCGUGAGUGGUACCAGCAGACCCAUGAGCAGCAGCAGCAGCUGAAUGUUCUAGUCCUGGCCAGCAGCAGCACCGUGGUCAUGCAGGACGAGUCCUUCCCUGCCUGCAAGAUUGAGUUCUGAAAGAGCCACUCUCCCUUCCCCGAGGAUCCGCUCCCCCAGCUCCCCUAGACGAUGGCUACUGCUGAGUCCUUUGGGGUCGAGGGACAUGGGAGUUGGGGGUGGGGUGGGGUGGACAGGAUGUCUCAUGGGAACUUAGGCUGGGCUUAAUGGGAGGGGUCAUCCUUCCCCCUCAUCCAUGUCUGAAAGGAGUCUCCAAACCAAAGGUAACCAGGAUUAGGAUAGGGAAAGGAUGCAAAAUUAGGACAUGAGGUCAUCUGAUGCCUGAGGACCCUCGAGUGACACCCUCUCUUAGCACUGCCCAAUGCUGUUGAUGGAGAGUGAGAAUGGGCCUCAGCGAGCAGCUUCCUCCCUCACGGAGGAAGGUCAUAUCCCCAGCCCCAGGGAUCUCUUAAUCUAUUUAAUUUAGCAUCCCAUGGAAGAACUUCCAGUAGUAAUUUAUGUGACCUGGGGGCAGGAUGCUGUCAGUGAGGUGUUCAGAGCUGCACCCUUCGGUCCAUCUCCCAUUCCCUUCCCCGUCAGAGUCUGGGUUCCAGCAGGGAUCUGGGGGUAGGCCACUGCUACACUGUCCCACUGCUUCCCUCCAUGUCUGAAUGUCUCAAUCCAAAACUUGAAGCUCUUUUUUGACCAACAGAUUGGUGAGGAGAAGAAAGGAGCUUAUCCUCCCAGCCCCUGCUUCAUACCAUUCACAUCCCAGAACCAUGCCCAGACCAGGCUGGGCAGCACAAAGGAGCGAGGAGAGCCCGGCCCCACUCGCGGAAUCUUUCCAAGCUCCCUGAUCUUAGGAGGUUUUCACCUGCCCAUUCCAGCUCUCCUGAUCCCUUCUCAUACUUGCUUGGCUUAUCUGCAUGUGGUCACCUGCUGUGGCCUGGUGUGUAAUGGGUUAAAAGCCACUGCCUGACGUCCAAACACUUGACACCCCGGCAACGUGUGACUCCCCGGCAACGUGUGACUCCCCCAACAUUCCAUUCUGCCAUCCUGCAGCUGAAGUGGGAACGCUGGCUGCCUUUCCAGCUCCACACUCUUGGACAGAGGAUCUGGGAGGCAGAGGCCAUGCCAGAGGACUUGGAUAAGGAGAGGGAGGAAGGAAAGAGGGAGAGGAAGCUGAGCUAAGGCUGAACUCUGACUGAGGGAGAUGAAAACAGGCCGAAAAUACCACCCCGGGAGAGGACCUCACCCCAAGCAAGCCAGUAAGAGCUCUGCCAGACUGCUGCGGGACUGAAAUCCAGACGCUCCUGUCAGGACUCGGCUUCUCUGCCAAAUGACUGUGUGGAAACCAAAUCGAGCCGCCUGUGUUCUUCCAGCUCCCACUCUCCCAUGCUGCUGUGCUCUGCUCCUCCCCACUCUUCCCUGCUCUAGUUCCCAGCUGCUGUAACGGAGCCGCCUCCAACUCUAACAAUAAAUCCAGUUCAUUACAGAUGCUCCA